UUUUCUCAGGUAACCAGUACACAGAUGCUUUUGAUUGUGAAGGUUUUUUGGGCGAGCAGUUUUGUACACACUCAGAAGAUGAUUUUUUUGGUCAUGCUUCAGAAAGUGAGAAGAGAACUCCUAUUUCAUCAACGGAGGAUCUAUGGGAUUCUGAUACAAAUGAGAAUAUAUGUAAUAAAGCUUUGUUGGUCACGAGAGAAAAUUGUCUACCUACAGAGAACUUGAAUACUCAAAUCAAGAUAUACAGAAAAAAGAAUCAGCGAUCGCAUCUUAUGAGGACUAGGUCUCAAACACGAAUGGAGUUUUGAUUUCAUGAAGAAGUAUUGGGGUUAUCUAAGCAGGGACCUUAUAUUGUACUUUGGGUUGGGCUAGUUUUUCUAACUUUCUUUCCUUUUCUUUCUUCU